UACAUAAGCAAAUUAUUACAUGCCUGUUCAACAUGAGGAUGAGGAUGAGGGUCACUCCAGGUGGAAACAAAACGACGAGUGUUUCGAGGAGCCACCAUGCAAAAUGGAACGUAAGAAAAUUCCUGAGUCAUGUCAUGCUAUUCGCAUCCUGGGGCGCAGAUAUGCUUUGACUGCAACGUCUCAUAAGUAUUUGGAAAUUGGACUCAAUGUACAAUCUCGACUACCCAUGGAAAUAAUCCUCGGUGACAAUCGCGGUAAUGAACUAAUAUUACAUCCAGACACUUCGGGAAAACUGAUGGAAAAUCGUGGCGCUGUACAACGACUUCUGGAAGCGCGCAACCCAUCGUACUUUUUGCUACGGAUUCGAAAUUUAGGAAUGAAAUUGUUCGAGCUAAAUGGUUCAAAAAUUGUAAAAUUAAUGCAAUCUUCUAAGUGUUUGUAUUUGAGUCCUGCUACAAUGAACAAGUUAUUUACUUAUGAAUAUUGCAUUGAUCAUAUAUAUACGCAGUUGUCUGAACAGUCGUAUCUCGUUAGAUAAAAAAUUCAAACUUUUGUAAAAGUUCUUCGAGAAAAAAAUUACCGAAAUAUGCUAUGCGGUAAAAGCGAUACGUGAAAGCGCUGGCUUUGACGGUGAGUUAUUUAUUGAUUGCGAGCUGCUGGCAUGUGCUUCGAAAGAUAUGCGCAAAGCUGUGAGCUGUUUGGUAUUCUGAGAAAUAAAUUACUUUGUCAUAUAUUAUGAUAUAUCUUUUUUACUUUAGGCCACAUCCUUUCUUCCAACUUUCCCUUAUCCCCUUUCUUAGGAUUUUAUAU